CCUCAUCUCUGGAAUAGACAGUCCACUUCUGAUCUCAGUUUACACUCUCAAAGACCCUCAUACUCAAAAAAGAAACCAAUUCAUGUAGCUGCUGGCAUGUGAGCAAGGAAAUUUCUCUCUUUAGUUGAUUUUUCUCCCACAAAGAAACUCUAAAUUCCCAAUAGCCAAGAAUCUGCACCGAGCCUGUCGUCAUGAGUCUUAAACAGCCUUGCAUCUUUCUCAGAGGAGGAAAUAAGAGACAAUCGAGAAACCUCACACACGAUGAGAUGGAAGAGUUGCGUGAGGCUUUUGUAGAGUUUGACAAAGACAAGGAUGGCUUCAUAAAUUGUAAAGACCUGGGGAACCUGAUGAGGACUAUGGGUUACAUGCCAACUGAAAUGGAGUUGAUUGAACUGGGCCAAAACAUCAACAUGAACUUGGGGGGACGAGUGGACUUUGAAGAUUUUGUGGAAAUAAUGACCCCCAAGCUUCUGGAUGAAACUGCAGAGAUGAUCGGCUUGAAAGAACUCAAAGAUGCGUUCAAAGAAUUUGAUAUAGAUGGUGAUGGCUCCAUCACAUCUGAGGAACUAAGACUUGCCAUGAUAAAGUUAUUAGGCGAACACACCAGCAAAAAAGAAAUUGAUUCAGUGGUCAGAGAAGUUGACAACAAUGCAGAUGGAAAAGUUGACUUUGAAGAGUUUGUGAAGAUGAUGUCAAAGAAAUGAGGACAACAGAGUGAUGCUGAAGAGGAUGGUUUCUCCAAUCUGUUGCUGACAUUAGCCUCCUCAUUGUGAAUCAUUUGACUUUUUUAUAACUCUUAUGAUGCUCAAAGAUUUUAGGACAAAAUAGUUUUGUCAUCUAUCAAAGGCAAAUAGAAAAGAACUUGAAUUUGCUAGUUAAACGACAAGUCUGUGCGAGGGGUGGACUGUGGGGAGGAAGAGGGAAGCAGAUUCUCACUUAACUUCCACUUCCACAUAAAGUAAUAGUUCAUAGUUCAAACUGGUUCCUUUUUCUUCUCAUUUUCUGUACCAUUGGCUAUAUUAUUGACUAAAACCUGUGUCCGUCCUGCCACUCUCAAUGUACACAUAGAAGGAGGUACAUAAAUCCUCUGAGACUUAUUUCCUCUUGUUCUCUUGUAAUAUUCAUUCCACUGUCUAAACAAUGUGAAAACGAUAUUUUUCACAAUAUGUCCUCCCUAUAAAACUGUAGUGAUGGCUCUACACAGCCAAGGCUGAGGUGAUUCCAUCACAUUUCAGUAGUUUGUGCUCCACUUUAAGUUCAUGAAUACCAGUGAGUGUACAAGACACUUUUUAUUUGCUUAAAAUUUUGAAUAAACCAUGCAUGUGGAUCCAGUGCAGACAAAAAUGUAAUAAAAGGCUAUCAGUAUCUAUCAGUCUGAGAGUGCUCAUCACUGCCCUCUGCCAUCCCUAAAAGGUUUAGCUGACAGCCUCAGGUGGGACUUUGGCCUUUAAUGUGAUCUGGAAUUACAUUCAACGUCCUGGAAGUGACAGCUGGAGGUUAAUAGAAAACUGCUAUCACUUCUUCACCUCUCAUGUCUAUGCCUCACUGAUAUGUAAGGGUGUCUCACCGUCUAUGUAUAUUGUCUAUAGUGUUUUCUCCAUAUUCCCUGUUCCGUUUCCAAUAAGCCACAUCAUUCCCACUUGUGGCUGAGGCCUUUUCUCCAUAUUAAGCUUUUUGGUAGUAAUUUGAUAUUAAAUGAAGCAAUCUGGUUACUAAUGUAGAUGCAACAUUUAUCGAACAUCCAUCAGAGUACAUGACAAAAAAAUCUAAUUAUGACAUUUGGAAAACUCUUUGUCCCUCUGUCUGUCUGAGAUAACAUUUUGUUUCAGUUUGAUUACUUUUGAUAGCUUUCCAGUUUAUUAAUAACAAGGAAAUAAAGGAAACUGAUAACACAUGUUUAACAUAUUAAAAUGUAUUAAUAAUA